AGCACCAAACUCAGAGAUGACUUUCUUUGCGUCCCAAAACUUAUUGUGAAUGGAAAAAAUUGGAUGACCUACAAGGAUAGGUUGUUGUGGUCCGUCAAUGCUCGUGGGUUCCUUGGUCACCUAGAGGGUACCGAGAAGAAACUAGGAGCAUCGUGGACACCAACCACGUCAGACGAGGUUAGGGAGCUCGCAGCAUACAGAAUUGCUGUAAAGGAAUGGAGGAUGGGUGAGGCUAUAAUGAAGCAGCAAAUAGCUGGCAUGAUCCCUGACUCUCUGUUUAUACAAGUUAAAAACUUGGAAACGGCAGGAGAAAUCUUCAAGUACCUAUCCAAUCUCUUCAAAAAGUGGUUUCGAGUUGUGUCCAUUGAGCUA